AUGGCUUCAGGUUUUGGUUACUCCGGGGGCCGCUCACGAUGCUUCACGUACUGGCAGGAAUUCUCCAAGUGCUAUGCGCAGACUAGCAACCCGCAGGAAUGCCGCCCCCAAUCCGAGGACUACAUAGAAUGCCUCCACCAUCCGAAAGAGAUUGCCCGCGCAAAAGCCGUGCAAGACGAGUUCGUGCGCCAGGUGGAGCACAAGGUGAAGGAGGAGCACAAGGUCGCGGAUGCCGUCGCGUCAGGCACGAUCGUCGGUGUGGGCCUUAUCCAGCGGGACAAGGACGGGGACGCAAAGCAUUAA